GUGGAAUGAGCGCAUCUGGUUCACGGAGUGAGGUAGUUAGUGGUCAAAGUACCGAACGUAAUAGCCGUGAUAGCUGUUCUUGGACGUUGAGAAUUUUGAGGUUCUUUUCGUCUGGUAUCAAGCUAUGAGUUGGGUACCUAAAAAAACCCCGGGCUUCUUUAGCGAAGGUAUAAAAAAAUGGGCUUACAAUCUUUCCCGGUUUAAUCAAUAUGGUCUGCAUCACGACGACUGCCUCCAUGAGACAGAGGUGGUGGCGAAAGCGUUGAAAAGAUUGCCACAAAAACUGGUUGAUGAAAGAAAUUUCCGCAUACUUCGCGCUACCCAGUUGUCUAUUACAAAGUCCAUUUUACCCAAGGAAGAGUGGACUAAAUACGAAGAGGAUGUUAGAUACUUACGACCUUACAUCGACGAGAUCAUCAAAGAAGAAGAAGAAAAAAAACAGUGGAACAAGAUGUAAAUACAUUGCACGGUUCUUUCUUAGUCAUAUAAAUGGUAUAUGUUAUGUGUAUAUUAAAUAACGAUGUGUAAUAUUAUUUGAAAUUAAUAAAACAUACAGUUACGAUCUAA